AUGUCUCCUGUGACUGGCAAUGCCUUACGGUUCCCCAGUCUUUCGUCCGGAGAUUUCCUUUUUGCACCUAGUGUUGGCAGCGAGAAUAAAGCUUUGUCUUGGCGGGGAUCGGCAGAGCCGCUAAUGCAAUCCUCUUCUCCACCGCCUGCUAAGAAGUCUCGCACAAACACUCCGUGGACUCCGGCAGAGGAGCAGAGACUCAGGACUAUGAGAGAUGUCGGCCAUAGCUGGGCUGAUAUAGCCAAGACAUUUCCAUCAAGGACUGAAGGAAGCGUCAAGAAACAUUGGUACAAGGAUAUGCAUUCCGCCGCUUUUGUUGAGGACGAGUCCCAAGCACUUCUGAAAGCAAUCAAAGAACACGAGGAAGACAGAUGGAAGGUCAUUGGGAAAAUGAUAGGCAAGCCAGCAAAGGCAUGUGAGCAGUAUGCAAAGGAGCAUUUCUCUGAUAAACAUGACGUCAAGUUUUGA